CCUGAUUAGUUUGGUGUCCGAAAAGCACAUGCGGAUCGUCAUGGCGCCAUUGAACCGGGCUUAAUGUGUGUCAGUUCAGAUUAUGUUGAAAGUGAGACAUUAGUCAGUUAGUGGACUUGCGAAAUUCUGCAUGGUUUUGUGCCAAUUUCAGUGAACAGGACAGAGGGAGUAGAGAGACACGCUAUUUUUGACGACAAUGGCGCUUCCACGAUAACCGUCCCCCGACGAUUUUGACAGCAAGACGGUCACUAAGAAUCUCCCCGAGGUGAAAUCGUCGGACUGACUGUCUGUCAACCACCCUAUCGAUGACAAAUCUGACCUUUUUUUAUUGGGCAGGUCCAAAUAUGUACGACUGGGUCGUUGCUUGAAUGAUUCUCCGAUUGUGAGUUUCGAUUUCUCAGCCAGAGGAAGAGGCUCAUUUGGAAGCGGUGAUUGAAUUCCACCAACUUCUGUUGCUGCCAAGUGGAAACACGUUUUUAUUGGUGUUUCCAAAGGUCUAAGAUUACCACUGCCCCUGAGCCCAGGCCCAAGUCCAAGAGUGCCCAAGUACUAGCAAGCUCACCACGAACGAAGUGAAAUCGCUUUGCCCGCGUCUGGGACAGUUUUUUGGGGGGGCGGGGGGCAUAUUUGUGAGUGGAAUUGACAUUCAUCAUCAUUCUCCGCCGCUUUGGCUUUUUUCUCAACCCAAAGUGAAUGAGCCCGUCCGGGUGUACGUAUGGUUGGAUGGUCGGCUGUGUCUAUAAUCAAAAAAGGUGCCAUUGACCCCCACUGAUUUGUGUGUGUGUGCAGUGUCAAUCCGGAGAUGAGUAGAGAAAUCUUGGUGCGUCAUCUCCCGGUGUCUAAUUGAACAGUGGAUGGAUGGACAAGGGUUCAAGUGUUGGAAGUGGGUUCCUACGUACAAAAGUAGUACACACGACGUACAAAUGCUCGUUCGUUCGCGUGAUGAGGUCAGGACGACGAGGAUGCUGAUGAGUCGUUGGAAGCGUCACUAACGUGGGUCUUGGCACUCUUCAGACUCACCCGGAGCCCCUCUGAAACCCAUUGGGAAGAAGGGUUAGUGAAAUCUUGCAUGCAAUUAAAAAGACCUCUGGCAAAGAGACCGAGGUGAGAAUUUGGACGUUUCUGGCUCCAGGCAUUCUCGAACAUCAUCCUCUGAGUUCAGCGCAUCACGGAGUAGAAAUAAGGUAUUUCUUGGAUUGUCGCCAUGGAUUCUCCACGUACCACGGGAUCAUCAGCCUUAUGCGAAGAGGUCUCGUCUUGUUCGUCCAUACCCAGUCCCAUCUCCAGUUUGAGAAGUAGCCCAUCUGAGGACAAUAUGGCGUCCUUGAAGUCCGUGGGUCCCACCAUCAUCAAGUUGGGGGCCCCAAGUGACACGCAACCCAAUGGCACGACAGCCAUUAUUUCGACCUCGAGUCGCUCGAGUAGUGUGGCCUCCUCAGGAGCCUCCACCGCUUCUGUGUCUAGUAAGGCCCCCGGCCCCUAUCAGCCUGUAGCGACCACCACCACUGGUGUGAAUUUGAAUCAGGCCUUGGCUCUGGCUGCCAACAAAUGGGAUCGUGAACAACGCCAUCAGGACCAAGAGGUCACACGCAAGCUCACGGUUUUGAGGCAACGAAAGAUCUCGGCUGUGCUUAAGGUGGAGAACCUUCAAAAGAGCCUGAAGGACAUCAGCCAUUCCUCACCCAAUUCGAUCAAGUCUCGUCUGGCGCAGGUUCGUGAACUCGAACAAGAAGUCCAUGCCGUGGAUAAUGAACUCACUUCCAUCGUGAAGGAGCGUGAAGAAAAUAAUCGAAGACUCAACACCAAGAAAGUACACCAUAUCAGCACUCUACAGGAGCUCGGGCUCUUGGGAAAUGACACGGGGGCGUCUUCUGAUGGAAAUUCAGUCAAAUGGCGCAGUGAGAUGGAUCUGCAGGGUUCUCCAGAGAGUUUCACAUCAUUGGGCGGCGGGAGUAACAGGGCGUCACCCUUGCGGAAAGUCUCGCCUCCAUUUCCGUUUGCUGCCGCCAAAUUUCUGGCCGAGAGUCGAAUCCGAUCCGGAAGUGAUCCCGCCUUGACUCUCAAGAAGGCCACGAACGGCAGCCUGAAAAAGAGCAACAACAAUAAAAACAAUACCACCACCACCACCAACACCAACACCAACACUAGCACCAGUGGAAGCAAUCAGGAUGAAAAUAAGAAACCAUUUUCCAGCAUGAUUCGCAAGUCUGUCCAAGCUCAGGUCAAAUCUUCGCCUGACUCGUCACCACGGGCAGGUCGUCGCAAUCCAUUGCGCAUGUUAAGCAAUGCAAUCGAUUUCCGAGGCAAACGGCGCAACCAACGACCAAAGUCCGUGGAAUGCGGUCGAGAUUAUAUCCAUGACCACCCAACAGGUUCCAAGCUGACCCACAACCCCAAGGGCAUCAACUCAGUGUCUACCUCGGAUCUUGUGAUUGCCACGCCCACCAGUCCACGGUUGCUUAAAGCUCAUGAGUUGGACGAUAUAUUUGGCAUGGGUGUGAGCAGACAUUCACUCCCCAAUCUUGAUCCCUUGGAUAUUCAGGAGGCCAUGACACGUGUCCACGGGGAGCAGUCAAUCAAAGGUCAAUCGAGCGUAUCGGGUUAUGCCACGAACCCUCGACCUUACAAAAUCAAGCAAAACCCGCACAAUCUGCCCCCGUUGGAGAACCGAAAUUCGGCUCCGGAGAUCGUGGUAACGGCCCAUGUCAACGGGAAUGCCGGUCGGCGAGGUCAAGGUGGUCUUGAGGAGCGGAUCAAUCGGGCCAAAGCCAGAGUUCAGAGUGGUUUCAAUCACUUUGGCAGUGGGCCCAAUUUGGGCUCUACGGCCUGUCCCAUCCCGCUCCACGGGCCCAAGCCCAAACUGAGUUCCCGGUUUCAAUCCGCCCAGAAGUUGAAUUCAAAAUUCCUUAACAACUUCUCGAACAGCGUCAAGCGGAGCCGGACUUUUAAUAUCAGCGACGUGCAAGAGGAACUGGCCACCCUAGGUUUAAGCAAGACACUCCCCCGCAAACACAAGACCCGGAAGACGUCCAACAAAUCCGGAAGACAUUCGGUGGAGAGCUCCCCGGAAAAUGGGGCGGCCUACAGUUAUGGCAGUUCCACCAUGAGCUUCGAUUCCAGUUCCACGGCCAGUUCGCGCAAAAGCUCGAAUUCUAGUACAAACAACGAAGAGGCCAGUUCGUCUCGGAAUUUUGACUCCUACUCCUCAGCCUCAUCGUCGACAACGAAUCAAAACCUCCGAACCGAGGUCAGCGAGCAAGCCUUGGCGGAAAUUGCUGCGUGGGAGAUGUUUGCACAGAAUUACUUCUCGAAAUUGGAGGAAUCCAAUCCGAAUACGCCCAAUGACGUCAGUUUAACCAUUCGCAGAGUAGAGUCUGGGCAAGAUCGGGAGAUUUCGGGCACGAAACCUCCCCGAAAGCUCUCCACCGUUGAAAUCAAAGACCUGGAAAUUUAGCUUCGGUUUUCUUGAACUGUCAUGGAGGGUUACCGGGCCUCGGCCAGGGCCUACUAGGUGUCUGCCGCCCUGCCCACUGCCCAUUUCCCACUAGCGACUUGAUGAUUCAUGUUUCGCCAAAGUUGACGUGGCUUCAAAUUUCAAGUAAAUUAUAAAUGUGCGCUAAAGAAUAAAUAUUGUUGUUCAUUUUG